GGCUCUGCUUCUCUGCCCGCCGCGAUCGUGAACACUGGGUUCCAUCUCGUCCCGAUUUCUUCUCGUGCUGGUCCUGCCUGCCCGUGAAAAUGAGGUCCACCGAGACAUUGACGGCCCUGGCGGUCCUCCUCCAGGCCGUCGCAGCCAUUGAGCCGCCUCGGCAGCCUCGGCAGCCCCUCGGCGGCGGCGACAAAAUCAUCUCCUGGAACGACACCAUGGUGAACCGCCUCUUCCGCGCCAGCUCCACCUCGGUCAGCUGGCUCUCGGGCGGCCAAGACGGCGAGUACAUCUUCCAGGCCGCCGAUGGCGCUCUCAUCCUCGAAAACUUCAUCACCAGCGAGAACGAGACCUUUGUCGCCGCCGACCUCAUCCCGGAGGACCUGUACGACUACUCAAUCCGCAGUGACCUCCAGAAGGUCCUCUUCGCCACCAACUAUACCAAGCAGUACCGCCACUCGUACUUUGCCGACUACUCGGUUCUUGAUGUCGCGUCUGGAGAAGUCGAGGCCCUGGUUGACGACCAGGUCGGCGACAUCCAAUAUGCAGAGUUUGCGCCUGCCGGUGACGCCAUCGCCUUUGUCCGGGGCAACAACCUCUUCCUCAAGAAGAACGGCACCAUCAGCCAGAUCACCGAGGAUGGCAGCCCGGAUCUCUUCCACGGCGUGCCCGACUGGGUGUACGAGGAGGAGAUCUUUGGCACCCGCAGCACCUUGUGGUUCUCCCCGGACGGCCAGUCUCUUGCCUUCCUCAGUUUCAACGAGACUGGCGUCGAGACCUUCACCAUCCCUUACUACAUGGACAACCAGCAGAUUGCUCCCGUCUACCCCAAGGAGCUUGAGCUUAGAUAUCCCAAGGUCGGCACGACCAACCCUACCGUGUCGCUCACAGUGCUUGAUGUCGUGACCGAGGAUAAGACUCCGGUUAUUAUCGACGUCUACGAGCCCGACAACUUGGUCAUUGGAGAGGUGGCCUGGGUCACUGAAGAUCACAGCAGCCUGAUCUACCUCGCCUACAACCGUGUCCAGGACCAGUCAACCCACGUUAGAGUGGAUAUCGGCUCCGACGGCAAGGUUUUGACUGAGACAGUCCGGAACCGUGAUGGCACGGAUGGUUGGCUCGACAACUCAUUGGCCAUCCAAUAUGUCGGUGAGAUUGAUGGCAAGGCGUACUACUUGGACCUCUCAGAUGAGUCUGGGUGGAUGCACAUCUAUCUGUACCCGUUGGACGGUUCGGAGCCGACAGCCCUUACCGAAGGCGAGUGGGAGGUAACCUCGGUCCUCAAGAUCGACCUCGCCCAGAAGCUCGUCUACUACGUGUCGACCCAGGCUGACAGCACGGAGCGCCACGUGUUCUCCGUUUCCUGGGAGAACAAGAAGAUUACACCUCUUGUGGAUGUCGAUGUGCCUGCGGCCUGGUCUGCCUCUUUCUCGUCUGGCGGCGGCUACUACAUUCUGUCUUACCAGGGACCGGACGUGCCGUACCAGGAGCUGUACGCCACCAACGACACGAGCACACCUCUACGUACCAUUACAUCAAACGAGGCGCUGUGGACCCGCCUGCAGGAUUACAACUUGCCCAACAUUACCUACCUGACUCUGGAGCACCCCGACGGCUACAGCAUGAACGUGAUGCAGCGCCUGCCACCAAACUUUGACCCUGCCAAGAAGUACCCGGCGCUGCUGACCCCCUACGGCGGCCCUGGCUCUCAAGAGGUCAACAAGGCCUACCAGACGCCUAGCUGGGAUGCUUACAUCUCGUCGGAUCCUGAACUUGAGUACAUCCAGUACACAGUGGACAACCGCGGCACUGGGUACAAGGGACGAGCCUUCCGCUCCCUGGUCGCCUCGCACCUGGGCGACUUUGAGGCGGAGGACCAGAUCUGGGCGGCUGCUGAGCUUGCGAAGCGCCACGAAUACGUCGACGCGGACCAUUUUGGCAUCUUUGGCUGGUCGUAUGGCGGAUACUUGGCGGCCAAGGUUGUCGAAGCGGACUCUGGCGUCAUCUCGCUGGGUCUGAUUGUGGCUCCCGUGAGCGACUGGCGAUUCUACGACAGCAUGUACACGGAGCGGUACAUGAAGACGACGCAGGACAACGAGGAGGGAUACAACGGGACGGCGGUGCGCAAGACGGACGGAUUCAAGAACAUUGCCGGCAAGGCGGCGAUUAUGCACGGGACUGGCGACGACAACGUGCACUACCAGAACGCGGCGGCUCUGAUUGACCUGCUGGUGGGCUCAGGGGUGACAGCGGAGACGGUGGACUGGCGGUCGUUCACCGACAGCGACCACAGCAUCAACUACCACGGCGCGACCAACUACCUGUACAAGUACAUGACGAGCCUGCUGUACGAGGAGCGGCUGCGAACCAAGGAGGACGCGCUGAAGCACCAGUGGAGCAAGAAGAGCGAGGGGCAGCACCAGUGGGGGGAAGUCAAGCUAUAGCUGUGGGUUUAGCAAGCAGACGAGGUACCGGUAUAAUUCUAGACCAUAAAAAAAAGC